GAUCUCGCAUUUGAGUCGCCACCGCUUGUAUGCUUCGGGCCCGCCAGCGAGUCUUCAGGCGCCCUCAUGUCUGGCAAUUUGAAAAUCACCAUCAUGGCAGAUGUUCUCGAAUUGACGCAAGUCUCCAUGGAGCUCGUUGCAACCAUCUCUACGCGUCGUCCAAUUCAUCCCAACUGCAAAGCAUGUCGCUCACGCACAUCAACCAUGAAAAAGUGGAAUUUCUUUGAAAAGAGCUUGCAGCUACAGCGUGGAACCCAUCUCUAUCCAUUUUCUUACUUAUUUGACGGUGCUCUCCCGGCAACGACGUCUUCUGCGCUCGCAACCAUUGAAUACGAGCUGAUUGCAACUAUCUUCCCGCGCGUUGAUCAGUACAAGGCCAUGGUAGCGAAUCGGCCACUCAAACUCUCACGCAGCAUCUUGCCAGGCACUGACAAAACCUCACAGCGUGUCUUUCCACCAACGAGUCUGAAUGCUGUACUCGUCAUUCCCAAGGUUUGUAAUCCUGGUUCUCACUUUAUGGGUACCCUGUCUUUUACGGGUGUACAAACAAAAGAGAUGGCUCGGUGGAAACUCAAAAAGAUCAGCUGGCGUAUUGAUGAGAUUGCAAAAGUCAUUUCUCCUGCUUGCAAGAUUCACUUGCAGCGCAUACCUGGCUCUGAGGGUAAAGGCGGAAUGGAGUAUACAGACACGCGUACUGUGGGUGCUGGAGAUAUAAAGGAAGGUUGGAAGUCUGACUGGAGCGCACAUGAAGGCGGCCGCAUCGAAAUGGAGAUUGAGUUCUCCACGCACAUCGCUGCAAAGCCGUGCUGCGACGUUGAAGAUACAGCGGAAGACAAUAGCGGCUCUGGUGUGACAGUCAGCCAUGCGCUGGUCAUUGAAGCUGUUGUGUUUGAAGUCAUGAUUGCUGGGAAGAAUGGCAAUUUUGUCGAAUCUCUUCCUUCUGGCAGCGCGCGUGUCCUUCGCAUGCAGUUCCCAAUUGUCAUGACGGAACGCUCUGGACUGGGCAUCUCAUGGGAUAAUGAAAUUCCACCCAUGUACCAUGACAUCCCGCCCAAUUCCCUACCGUCCUACGAUCAAACCAAGCCGAGCGCGUCCAAUGAGGAUCUAUCGACAAUGCACACCAUUAUUGGUCGAGGGCACACACCAAAUCCGUUCAUGAUGCAAGGCAGCACUUCAGCGGGACCUUCAGCGUCAUCACCGCACGAUCAUCUUGCGCCGCCGUUGCCGGGUCAGAAUCAUCGACUUCAUCAACUCAAUCAAGGCCGACAUACAUAA